ACUUCUACUACUUAUUUUACACGAAGGAAAAAAAAGAAAAAACUGAAUUAUUUCAUUCAAAUUAUUUUUUGAGAAUUGAGGAACCUUUGAGGGAGGGAUUUGGGUGAGGAAAAGUGGGUUUGUUUUUCUCUUUUUAGGGGGGGGUGAAGAUUUGGUGUGGUGAAGAUUGAAGAAGAUGGAGUUUGAGGAGACUGAGCUCAGGCUGGGGUUGCCUGGAAACAGUGGUGGUGAAGGGGAGGUUGCCAGGAAGAGGGGGUUCUUUGAGACGGUGGAUUUGAAGCUUAAUCUUUCAUCCAAGGAUGUCGGUGGCGCCGGGUUGGAUCUGGAUCAUGACAAGGUGAAGGGAGUGCAGAAGGACAAGAAUCUUCUCCCUUCUGUUGCUGAUCCGGCCAAGCCUCCAGCCAAGGCACAGGUGGUGGGUUGGCCACCAGUCCGGUCGUAUCGGAAGAAUGUGUUGGCGAGCCAGAAGAGCAUGAGUGAUGAGAGUGAUAAGGGUGCUGCCUUUGUGAAAGUGAGUAUGGAUGGGGCACCUUAUCUCCGCAAGGUGGACUUGAGGAUGUACAAAACUUACCAGGACCUUUAUGAUGCCUUGGGCAAAAUGUUCAGCUCUUUUACCAUUGGCAAUUGUGGAUCCCAAGGGAUAAAGGAUUUCACGAAUGAGAGCAAGCUGAUGGACCUUCUUAACGGCUCUGAUUAUGUACCCACCUAUGAGGACAAGGAUGGUGAUUGGAUGCUCGUGGGUGAUGUCCCAUGGGAGAUGUUUGUUGAAUCAUGCAAGAGGCUACGCAUCAUGAAAGGAACUGAGGCAAUUGGUCUUGCACCGAAAGCCAUGGAGAAGUGCAAGAACAGAAGCUAAGGUCACCACGACACAGCCUGCUCCAUUGAUCUAGUCAUCACUGUAGACAAACAAAGCGAACAGAUGGAUCGAGCAGGUCAUUAGGGUGCAUUUUAUGGUGUUAAUUAUAUAUAUGUUUAAUUAAUUAAACGUGAGAUACUUAUAUCAAUUAUGACAGACAGGAGCAAUAAAUAAUAAAUCUCAUGUCCCAAAACGACUCAUAUCUCAGCUGUUUCUGUCGCUCAAUUAAUUUGCUUGGAUUUAGUAUUAAGGGCCGGCGUGUGCUUAGUACAAACAUUGUAAACAAUUAAAUGUAUCCCUCGAGUUUGUAGUUUGUUAUUAUAAUACUGUGUGCUCUGUUUAAUUAUUU